UAAAUCGUACAUUUGCUCGUUUAAUAGUUUGUAGGGCGAAACAUGUACUUUACAUGACAAAAUAUGUUGGCUAAAACAUAUCGUCAAUAGGUAUAUUAGGCGUCGAGUUCGAGGUUCUAUUUGAGUUCAGGGGGCGCUACAGUUUGUAGUAGACGGCGCCAUGAUUGGUGAUUCAUUGCGAGUGUUUCCGCUGUGCUUGGCUGGCUCACUCUCACGGCACCAUUUCUGCUGCUGCUGCUGCUGUUGGAAAAAAUGAGCCGCAGUAUAUGAAUUUAAAGGACACAUACAUUGACGCUGGUGACGAGACUGUGGCGUGGUCUGAUAGACAGAUCCAACAUGUCUGAGCUUUUUAUGGAAUGUGUGGAAGAAGACUUGGAGCCAUGGCAGAAAGCAGCUUCAGAGCAGUUAAUUGAGGAUGACGACGAGCCCAUUUUUGUUGGAGUGCUGCCAAAAAAGGAACACAAUAGUGACUCUAUUAGAAAGCAUGAUGCAAAGUCUGCUGCUGCUACUGUUCCUGCUACUCAGCCAGCCCUGAGCUCCUCAUCUAUUAUGUUACCAUUGAAAAUUGCUGGAAAUGCCAUCACUGCUACUACUGUAGCCAAUCUCACGACCAUGACUCCACGGCCUGUUAUUGUCAACAAUCAGGGCUUCAUUGUUACGUCCCCGCAGUUAACUAACAACAGUAACUUAAUCGCCACUCUUGGGAAACAGUAUCCUCCUGGGACAAAAUUUACCAUCGUACCAGCUGGUCAGCAGAAGCAGCUAUUCCAGCGAGUCACUCCUGUCACGACGAUACCCGGUGUUGUCCAUCGGCCUCACGUGCAGCAAAUCACCAGCAAUGUUGUAACAUUGGCUAAUGUUCAGAGCCCCACUGUUUAUUCAGCCAAACCCAAUCUGCUGCAGGUCAGCCAGGCCACUUCUCCGCAGACCAUCACCAUGCCUGUGCAGGCUAACAUUGUAAACAAAGAAAAAAACACGAUGAAACGAGUGUUGCCACAAGAGCAGAUGGUCAACAUUAUUAAGAAAAUUAAAGUUGAUGUUGUAGGGCAAACAAACACAACUAAGCCAGUCGAAAAUGGUACAUCAAAGAAAAAAUGCCCAAAUUGUCAAGAAGAAUUCUUUCAGCAGGAGGCCCUGAAUCAUCAUAUGACUAGCUGCCGGGUCAGAGUGGACACUAACGAUUCACUAGCCAAUAGCACGGUCACACAUAAACUCAUCAUGCUGGUGUCAGAUUUUUACUAUGGCCAGGCUGAGGGGCAACCUGACAAAACGUCUCUGCAAAGAAGUAACACCACUUUCAAGUGUCAAAGCUGUAUGAAAGUUCUCAAGAGCAAUAUCAGGUUCAUGAACCACAUGAAACACCACCUUGAGCUGGAGAAGCAGAGCAAUGAGAGCUGGGAGAGCCACACAACUUGCCAGCAUUGCUAUCGCCAGUACCUGACUCCAUUCCAGCUGCAGUGCCACAUCGAGAGCGCUCACAGCCCCAUCGAAUCCACCACCAAUUGCAAGAUAUGUGAGCUGGCGUUCGAGUCUGAGCAAGUGCUGCUGGAGCAUAUGAAAGACAACCAUAAGCCUGGGGAGAUGCCUUAUGUCUGUCAGGUGUGCAAUUAUAGGUCCUCCUUUUUCUCAGACGUGGAGACACAUUUCCGAACUGUUCAUGAAAACACAAAAGACCUCCUGUGUCCUUUUUGUCUCAAAGUAUUGAGAAGCAGUCACAUGUACAUGCAACAUUUCAUGAAACAUCAGAACAAAGGCAUCCAUCGCUGUGGAAAAUGUCGACUUAAUUUCCUCACCAACAAGGACAGAGUGGAACAUAGGACUCAGGUCCACAAGACUUUCAAAAAACCUGAGAUUCUGGAGGGACUCCCAGCAGGGACAAAGGUGACCAUUCGGGCUUCCCUCAGUGGCAAGACGCCUGCUUUGUCCAGCUCUGUAGAUAGAGCGACCUUUACCUUGACUCCAGAAACACUAAGUGUCGGUGCAAAAACAAAGCCUCCGCUUGGUCUGUCCAAAUCUAAACCAAACCCCUCUGAAACCAAACCCAUUCAGAGAAAGAAGAACAUGCAUGGAAAGUUCAACAUGUCACUAACCCACAUCAGUGUGAAUGGAGGGUUUUACACCUGCAUCGAAUGCAAUGCCCGAGUUGAAGAUUUCUUUUUACACUUCCCUGUAAUCUCCAAUUGUGGCGCGUGCAAUUAUCGCACAUGUUGCAAAGUUGCCAUUGGAAAUCACAUGAUAAGAUUUCAUAGCACCGUCAACAAGAGCAGAUUUCACAAAAUGGAUCAGAAGAAACGUUCAUCUGUAUUAAAAUUCACACUGGUGUGUCUCAACUGUGACCUCCUGGUGAAUGCGUCAGGCGGGGACAUAAUGUCCAAACAUUUAAAUGACCGACCAAAUCAUGUAUGCAAAGUUAUUGAAGAGAAAGACAACAGAGCCGAAGAUGGAACGUUUUUUGUACCGGCUCAACCAACUGCAGUUUCGAAAGAAUCACCAAACGAAACAAUGCCCAUGGAUGAUGAACCUAAAAUUGAAAAGACUGAACACUUUCCUCAUGCUAGCGAGGAACAACCAGAAUCUGUGGCAACAUUGCCAGUAGAGGAUCUGCCGCCCUCUCAGCCUGCCUCCUUGGCCUCAGUUACUUUGGAUGGCGAUGUAGAUAAGUCACUUGUCGACGCAAACAUCCAGGAGGACUGCCAUCCCGACCCAGAACCCAACACAGACUAAGCAGGAAACAGAUGGACGAACAAUACAAAUCACAAAAACACUUGUUACUCAUUUAAAACCCUAAAUAUUCCCCAUCAACCAUUAACAGAACAAUUCAAUGACAGGAAGUCAUUACGACUAUCUCAAAACAUCUCACCGCAAGCACAAUUUGUAGAUAUUCUGUGAAGAUAGUGGAUCCGUUAACCUUGAUCCGUACAUUUGUUUGUGCAGGACACACUUUAGCUUUGACUACAUAGAAACAUGUAUUUGUUUAUCAUAUUACUUAACAUCUCAAAUACCAAGAUUGGCUAAAAGUAAUAUCCUACUUGAAUUUUGAUGACAUUUGUGUCAGACCAUCUACCAUUACAUGUGUAUGAUAUAUUUUAGUUGACAAAUGUCAACCUUUUAGACAUUAUGUUGAAUAAAGUGGGUAUAAUGCCUUUCCCCACACUAAGAACACACGUAGUUGUCAACUUAUUGGAACAAUUACAAUAAUAUCAAAGAAGUGACAAACAACUUUUAGUACUGCAUUUCCUGAAAUACAGGAUUAUAAGCAUUGUAAUGUGUGUGGAUUAGUGCAGCUUGUAUGUGAUCAAAAAGGCUUAAUUUUCCACUUUUAUAAUCAAUAAAGUCAUUUUUGAGAUGUA